GCUGCUUUCGCUUUAAGUUUCGCUUUAAGUUUCGCUUUCGCUCCCGCCCGGCCGGACCCAGGACCAAGAUGUCAGAGGAUCAGCAUGGUGAUCUCCCUGCUGGAGAGGAAGGUGAUGAGGAUGGCUCUGAUGCAGUUGAUGCAAGGCCAGACAGAAGCAGCAGGUUCUCACUUUUUGGAAAAAAAAAGAAGAAUGGAGAAGAAGAGCAGCCAAAGCCCUCUCUCAGUAAUCAAUACCGAAUUGUUACACCCACAUUCCAGUAUAAUAUGGAUUACAAGAAAGUUGGCAAAUGUAUUAUUAUAAACAACAAGAAUUUUGAAGACAAAACAGGAAUGGGCACACGCAAUGGCACCGACAAAGAUGCUGGAGAUCUUGCUAAGAGUUUUAAAAACUUAGGGUUUGAGGUUUUUACAUACAAUGACCGAAGCCGUGAUGAUAUGGAAAAAUUACUGAAGCAAGCUGCUGAGGAGAACCACAGUGAUGCUGCCUGCUUUGCCUGUAUCCUCCUAAGCCAUGGGGAAGAAGGGCUCAUCUAUGGCACAGAUGGACCCAUGGCUAUCAAGAGUCUGACUGCCCUGUUCAGAGGAGACAAGUGUAAAAGCCUUAUAGGCAAACCCAAACUGUUUUUCAUUCAGGCCUGCAGAGGCUCUGAAUUUGAUGAAGGUAUACAGACUGACUCUGGACCUGCCAAUGACACCCUGGAGACAGAUGCCAACCCAAGAUACAAAAUCCCAGUAGAAGCAGAUUUUCUGUUUGCUUAUUCCACAGUGCCAGGUUAUUACUCCUGGAGAAAUCCUGGAAGAGGCUCCUGGUUUGUGCAGUCCUUGUGCUCUGUGCUAAAUGAGCAUGGAAAGCAGCUUGAGAUCAUGCAGAUCCUCACUCGGGUCAAUUACGUGGUGGCCACGAAUUUCGAGUCCCAAUCUGACGAUCCCCGCUUCAGUGAGAAGAAGCAGAUUCCCUGCGUGGUCUCCAUGCUCACCAAGGAACUGUACUUCUGAAAGUGCAUUUUAAUGCAGCCCAUGGUGAAAGGUCAGAGUAUGGUUUUGGGUGGAGAUGUGUUUGUAAACAGGAGUCAAACAUUUCUAAUAACAGAAAUGUAAUAAAACUAGAUUGUUAUGUUGUAUAAGAUGGGGUAACUGAUGGAUGGACAAUAUGCAAUAUUUUAGAGAAGCUGUGGGCCAGCCUGACAGUUAUUACUAAUUAUUGUAUCUUGGUUUCCAUUAGUGUGACUGUCAUGAUUUAUGGCUGCUGAAGAUGUUAUGAGUCAGCUACCUGACCCAUAAAGUUUUUUCCCAGAAAGCAGAUUGAAAUUAAGAACAAAACAAAAAUCUUGAGACUCCUUCUCAUUCACUGCUAUCUCAUGGAACCAUAACCUCCUUGGAAGUUUCCAAAGACCAUCAUAUUAUGGGUAUGUCCAGUAAUAAAACAGUUUGUAGCUAUUUAAAAGGGUGUUUCUUAGUCUAAUAUAUUAAUUUCCUUUUAAUGAACAUUAUUAAUGAAGGCUAAUGGUUGCUCUGUGCUCAAUCUGGAAGUCAGUUUGCUUAGGCAUCAUUCUAGCAUAAGAUGAAUGUAUAAAAAUUAGUACUUUAGAUUAUUUACCUGAAAACUACAGAAAUGUAAUAAAUCAAACAAUGACAAUUAAAAUCUUUGUAAAGAAUUGGCAAAUUUUACUUGGAUGAUACCAUAUUAAAGUGCCAUUGUAAAGAUAUUUUGCCUUACAAAUGACAGUUGACUGAGAGAACAAUCUGAAAUGGUGGUAUUGCAGUUCUUCUGCUUGCAGAAAUAAAAAUGUCUGCUUGAUUCAGAACUUUUGAACCAUAAGAAAAUGACAAGGCUUUAUUAUAAAACAUUAAAAUUUAAUGUCGAAAAGGUAGAAUUAUGUGUUCCAGUAACAAUGGAUGUUUAGAUUUAACUUGUAGUUGUGAGGAGUUUUGCCAAAACUGGAAAUGCUUACUUGAAUCAGAAACCAGAAGUGCCUUCUUAGUUACUGUACGGUCUUGAUUUUGUGUUUUAGAGUUAUGUUGGUGAUGUUUAUAUUUCUACUUUUUAUAUUCACUUUAGUUGGUAGCUAGGUCAAAAAAGUAAGUUUAAUGAUUUGGUUAAACUGAUAAAGAAUCACCCUUUUCCCAGUUAAUGUACUCUCCUUGCAAUCUUCUGAGAAAAUAAGUGCAUGGUAUUAAAGCCAAGUUACCAAAUUGUUAGGUUUAUUUUCUUACAAAUACUGUGACGUAGUGAGAUAUAUAUAUUUUUUUUUCAUAAGUCAAAUUUACAUUUGCUUGAAUUAAAUAA